CAAAGGAAAAAGGCUAAGCCUUGACUUUCUGCUUUCUUUCCACUUCAGCCCCAGAAUGUUGGCCAUCGCUCUUCUGGCCCUUCUCUGUGCAUCAGCCUCGGCCAAGGCCAUUCAGGCGAGGGCCUCCUCCUACAAUGGAGAGUAUGGGGGCGGUGGAGGAGAGCGCUUCUCUCAUUCUGGCUACCAGCUGGAAGGCCCCAUCACCGCCAUCCGCGUCCGCGUCAACAGAUACUACAUCGUAGGUCUCCAGGUCCGCUACGGCAAGGUGUGGAGCGACUACGUGGGAGGCACCCAGGGCGACCUGGAGGAGAUCUUCCUGCACCCCGGGGAGUCCGUGAUCCAGGUGUCUGGCAAGUACAAGUAUUACCUGAGGAAGCUGGUCUUCGUGACUGACAAGGGCCGUUACCUGCCUUUCGGGAAGGACACAGGCACGAGUUUCAACGCCGUCCCCCUGUACCCCAACACCGUCCUCCGGUUCAUCAGCGGCCGCUCGGGUUCCCUCAUCAAUGCCAUCGGCUUGCACUGGGACAGCUACCCCAGUGACUGUGGCAGUUGCUGAACCCCAGGCUCGUCCCAGGCCGGGCACUGCGGUGGGGGUGGGAGACCGUCUCUACCACUAACCUCAUCCACGUGGCUCCAU